UUCAAACCAAAACGUCACUCAAGCACAGAAAGGAUAAAAACACAAGAUGGAGACCCACAGGAUGGAGAGGAUUCUUUUCUGUUUCCUCCUCCCCGCCGGGUUCUGGAUGCGGCUGGUGGCGGCGGCAGAGGUCCAGCAGGUCCAGCUGGGCGCGGCCGCCUCGCUGACCUGUAACAUCUCCUACCUGUUCGACACCACCUGGCUGAGGCACAGGGCCGGACGCACCCCCGAGGUGGUGGCCAGCGGCGGCCUGCGGGAGGGCCGGCCGCUCCAAGGGUUCCAGCUCAGUUCCCGGUACUCGGUGGGCCUGGCCAACAGGUCUCUGGCUCUGAGGAUCCAGCCCGUGGAGGAGGGAGACCUGGGCCUGUUUUACUGCCUCGCCAUGGUGACCUCGCGGCUGGAGGUCGGAGCCGGGACGCUGCUGCAGGCCGAGCCGCCGGGCCUCCAGACCCCGGGCUUCCGGCACGCCUACUGCGUGGUGGUGGGCUCCGGGCUGCUGGUCAUGACGCUGGCCGUCUGCAUCACGCACUGGAAAACCCGCCAGAGGCAGAGGGGGACGCCCAGCAGGAACCUCCGGCCAUGAGGGCAGAAGCA